GAAACAAAGAAUUCUCGAACGCCUUGCACUGGACACUUUUUAGAUUUUCACCCAACCUUACGGGGGUUUCCGUGAAUUGAGCGAUCAGUAUACGCCUCACGGUAUCAAACUAGAUUAUCUCCUGCCCAUAGAGAAUCUUAGAAAUAGGUGCUGACUGUCAAAAUGUCGUCGUCGAAGAAGAGGGGCAACAUCUACCUAUCUGGUGCAGGGCCUAGCGCAUGGCAUGAGGAAUAUCCCGUAGCCAAGGGAAAGCGCCAGUCGCCCGUCGACAUCAACACAAACAAAACCAAGUUCGACCCGAAGUUGGCAGCCGAUCCUCUGACUAUUCGCUUCAGCGACAGCUGUUGUCAGAGCAUCGUUAACACCGGAAUCUCCUUCCAAGUCACCUCGAAUGGGGCAGGAUGUGAGCUCAGUGGUGGUCCUUUGGACAGCACUUACCAAUUUGCCCAGUUCCACGCCCACUGGGGGGCUUAUCUGAAGACCACGGGGUCUGAACACACCGUGGACGGAGUCUCCUACCCCGCAGAGCUUCAUCUGGUGCACUGGAACACUAAGUACGAUGAUUUCAAGGAUGCUGUGGACAAGCCUGACGGACUGGCUGUGAUCGCUGUCUUCUUUAAGAGAGGAAAGGAGCACCCAGGCUUCGGGAAGAUCCAAGACUUGUUCUCGAAAAUUCCCGCCAAGGGCGCCAAAGUGAACAUCGACUUCGAGUUCAAUCCAGGCUUGUUGAUGCCGCCAGAUUCCGAAAACUACUGGACUUACCUCGGGUCCCUGACCACGCCUCCUCUGUACGAAAGCGUCACCUGGAUCGUCAUGAAGGAGCCUCUUGAGGUUUCUGUGGAACAGAUUGCCAUUCUGAGGACCCUGCUAUGGGAGACUCCUAACGGAGUUUCCCAGAUGUACAACAACUUCCGACCUCCGGUGCCUCUUCGAGACAGGGUGAUCAGGGCUUCUUUCGGUGGGCGUUCAGCCGCCGGCGCUAUGAUGGUGGCGGUCCCGGCUUGGGCUUGGGGCGCUGUAGUGGUGGGCCUAGGUGCCGUGACUUACACUCUGAGUAAUAUGUCACUCUGAGUCAUAUGUGCUGAUGUG